AUGAAAGGAAGAACCAUGUUAUGUCUGAUGAAAUCUCGAGGCGUAUCAGACAGCAGCGGGACUAUGGGGAUCAGAAAUGGGACAAAAGUGCAACAUCAGUCCAAACCCAUCUCCAGAAUGUACUUCAUUUUUAUUUUGCUCCUGCUCAUUUUCACACCAAGAGUGGACUCGUCGUGGUGGUACAUUGGAGCGCUGGGUGCUCGGGUGAUCUGCGACAACAUUCCCGGCCUGGUGAACAAGCAGCGGCAGCUCUGCCAGCGGCACCCGGACCUGAUGCAGUCCAUCGGCGAGGGAGCCAAAGAGUGGAUCAGAGAAUGCCAGCACCAGUUCAGACAUCACCGCUGGAACUGCAGCACGCUGGACCGGGACCACACUGUGUUUGGCAGGGUGAUGCUUCGAAGCAGUCGAGAGGCAGCAUUUGUGUACGCCAUCUCCUCAGCAGGAGUGGUCUACGCCAUUACCAGGGCCUGCAGUCAGGGGGAGCUUAAGAUCUGCACCUGCGACGGCCACAAGCGAGGGCGAGCUAGCGACGACAGGGGCAAUUUCGACUGGGGCGGAUGCAGCGACAACAUCAACUACGGCAUAAAGUUUGCCAAGGCCUUCGUAGAUGCUCGGGAGAGGAUGGUGAAAGACGCUCGUGCUCUGAUGAAUCUGCACAACAACCGGUGUGGUCGAAUGGCAGUGAAGCGCUUUAUGAAGCUGGAGUGCAAGUGUCACGGGGUCAGUGGCUCCUGUUCUUUGAGAACCUGUUGGCUGGCUAUGUCUGACUUCAGGCGAACUGGAGACUACCUCCGCAAGAAGUACAACACAGCCAUCGAGGUGACCAUGAACCAGGACGGGACGGGAUUUAUGGUGGCUGACAAGGACUUCAAGGGAAGCACCAAGAAUGAGUUAGUCUAUGUCGAGAACUCACCAGAUUACUGUCUGACGGACCGCGCAGCAGGCUCCUUGGGCACAGCGGGCAGAGUGUGCAACAAGUCGUCCAGAGGCACAGACGGCUGUGAGGUCAUGUGCUGUGGGCGAGGCUACGACACCAUGCGAGUCAAACGUGUCUCCAAGUGCGAGUGCAAGUUCAAGUGGUGCUGCGCUGUGGAGUGCAAAGACUGCGAGGACGUGGUGGACGUUCACACCUGCAAGCCCCACAAGCGACCUGACUGGCUGGACAUAACCUAAUGAUGAGGCCUGACCAAUCACAGUCAGCACUGACUCAUUAACCUCUGUGCUAAUGACUGCAUUUUAUUAUGAGAUAUAUAAUUGGGAUCUCUGAACUGUAAUACCUCUGGCCUUCGACCCUUUGACACUCCCUGAAGCAGAGACUUCACAGACCUUUAAUGGAUGAUGCUAAACUGGAAAUUAAGCCCAGUUACUGAUUGUGUGUUACUUUAAUGUGUUUCUGAGAACUAUUUGUUGAACUUUUUUAAAACAAACUUGGAAUCUUUGAUACAAAAUGGCUGAAUAUUAUAUUAUUCUGUUGUAAAUGCACCCUUGGUUGAGGAAGAGAUAUGAUGUAAUGUCAGCUUGUCUUACAGUGUUUUAAGACUGUGUGAGCAGAUGACUCAGUUCAAAUUGAUGAUCAUAAUAAUAGUAAUAAUUAGCCUGAAGAGAGAGAGAGAGAGAGAGAGAGAUAAAUG